UAGUUCCCAUUCUGACCCUCUCAGCCUCUGCCUCCUAUAAAUACUCUGCUCCUCUUCCCCGACUCUCCACGACUACGUCUAUCCUCUGAGCUCCUGUCAUUUUAAGUGUUCGUAGAGAACGAGUGUGCUCAAGGAUGUACUACCAGGCGGCGGCGGCAGCGGAGGCGUGGGGUUACGUGGCUGGGAUGGGGCCGACGACGACGAUGGACGCGCUGGAGCGGGUGGAGCGGAUGGCGGCGGAGAGCGCGGUGGUGAUCUUCAGCGUGAGCACCUGCUGCAUGUGCCACGCCCUGAAGCGGCUCUUCUGCGGCAUGGGGGUGAGCCCGUCGGUGGUGGAGCUGGACGAGGACCCGCGCGGGCGGGAGAUGGAGCGCGCCCUCGCCCGCCUCCUCGGCGGUGGUGCAGCCGGCGGCCCCGCCGUACCCGUGGUAUUCAUCGGCGGGAAGCUGGUUGGGGCCAUGGACCGGGUCAUGGCCGCCCACAUAAGCGGCGCCCUCGUCCCCCUCCUCAAACAAGCCGGCGCUCUCUGGCUCUGAAGCAUGCGCAUGGCAAACCCACCAUAUCUAAUAUGAGAGAGAGAGAGAGAGGUUGGUUUUUGGGGUCCUCCAUUUUGGUGCAGUUCUUAAUGGGAUGCAUGGUGGUGACGAGGAAAGGAGUGCAACUUUGGUUGAGGAUGGAAGAUUACAUGUACAGAAAGAUCUUAAAGGCUAAGCCAAAAAGCCGAGAGAAGAUUGCUGGUUUGGUUUUUCUUAGGAGUUCUUCCAAGUGCAGUACUUGUUGUCAUCAAUCAUGCUCUUCUCCCAGAUGAAUCAUUUGAACUCAUCAUAAUGUUCGCUUCCUC